AUGGUAACUGAGAAGAGCAAAAAGCCAAGGAGUAAAGCGGCAGUAAAAAAACGCAAGGACCCCAAUGCACCGAAGAAGCCUAUGUCGGGGUACUUUAUUUUUGGGCAGGAGCAAAGGAAGAAGAAUGAGGAACUGAGCAAGCUACCCGUAGCAGACCAAGGAAGAUCUAUUUCUGAGAUGUGGAAGAAGCUCUCUGAUGAGGAAAGAGAGGAAUACAACAAGAUUUCAAACAAGGAGAGAGAGCUAUAUCUGGCAAAGGUUGAGGAAUACAAGAAGAGCGAUGAGUACCAGGAUUAUCUUGAGAAGGUUGCAGCUGAUGAAGCAGCAGCUGGAAGAAAGAAAAAAGGAGCCAAGAAAGUAACUGGGUACAACGAGUUCUUUAAGGCAGUCCGAAAAGCUGUUUCUGAAGAGAAUCCCAGCUUCACGAUGAUGGAGACUACGUCUGCUGUUGCAAAGAGAUGGAAAGAACUCAGCGACGACGAGAAGGCCGUCUAUAACAAGAUUGCUGAAGAAAAGAAUGUGAAUUCGGGCCUGGUGGGAAAAUAG